AUGACUCCGCCACCACCACCAACUCGCGAGCAAGGGCAAAGAAGACCUGUUUUGCCAUCAAUAGACAACUUGCUACGCUCAAUUACUGAAUACAACUCCGCUAGAACAUCAGCCUUUACUUCCGUAGACGUAACAACACCCAUCGGAUUAGCAUCAAAUCAGUGUCGUAGGCUAUGCGGCAAAGAUGCAUUGGUUUACCUUGACCAAGUUAUGGACAAGUCACGAGAUCGACCUGAAAUAUAUAUUGAAUUCCUGAAUAUCCUGAGUGACUUUAAUAGUCGUCGCAUUGAUGUUUCAGGUGUUAUUGAUCGGGUCUCGAGGUUGUUUGAGGAUUAUCCAACGCUUCUCACAGGAUUCUAUGUUUUCCUACCCCCCAAUUAUCAAGAUUAUUACAUGCAUUGA